UGUCUGUGGCCUUGGUUGAUAGUUGGUCAAUACGGGACUUUUCUUUAGUUUAGUCCUAACCACUGGAAACCUGUACAGGAUUUCACAAUUCAAAUUUUAGCCAGUAAUACUAUUUAGCAUAAAAAGGCGUCAGUUACCACUCCUUUUUUUUUUUUUUUUUUUCCAGCUCCAGAUGAACUAGUCACAGAACCAUGCUGUACCCAGAGAGGAGAUGAAGACGGAUCCCUGAUCAUGAUCGUCAAAGUUUGUAAAAGAAGGGAGGUCAACCUUUGCCUUCCGAAGUACGGUGCCAUCUUCCUGUUACUGGCUGUGUUUGUCUUAAUCUUUAUACUACGUAACAUGGAUUUACAGGAGCAUAAAGUGAACUCCACAGUGAUACUUGCAAGAUUUUCCACUGACCAAUUCAUGCAUCACGGCUUCUGCACCUUCCGGCCACUGUCCACUGAGGACGCUCUGGAAGAAGACCUUAUACUAGACUCCAUUGCUUGGCCUGAAGCUCCAGCUGUGGUUUCUCUGGAGCAGACCAGCGAUCCUUCCCACAGCACCUUCACAAUUCCCCCAAAGAAAGGAGGAGGACAGUGGCAUGUAGGAGAUCAGCUGGAGGUUAUGAUCCAAAUGUAUGACUUCCAGGGCCAACCCAAGAAGUCUGGAGGAGACUUCUUAGUCGCCCGUCUGCACAACCAGGCUCUUGGUGCAGGUGUCGCUGGGCAAGUGGUGGAUCAUCUCAAUGGCUACUAUUCUGCUGUGUUCUCUUUACUCUGGGAGGGAAGCGCGGAGGUUGAGGUGACACUGGUUCACCCUAGUGAGGCCAUCACAGUGCUGCAAAGACUGACCAGCGAACAGCCAGACAGGAUUUACUUCCAAAGUGUCUUCCACUCAGGCUCGGUGUCUGAGACUGCCACCUGUAACGUAUGCCUGCAUCCAACCCAUAAGCCGUUAUGCAACUACACUGACCUCCAUACAGGUGAGCCGUGGUUCUGCUACAAGCCAAAGACGCUGAGCUGUGAUGCGAGGAUCAACCACUCUAAAGGAGGAUUUACGAAAAACCUCAAGGACAAGGAGGAGAAGCUCUUUCAAAAUAAUGUCAACAUGAAAGUCUCCAUUCAAGCCUCGCAAUCUGCCAAUGUCACCGUAUGGCCCAACAAGACAGAAAGGAAGAACAGUAGUGUGAAGUAUGGACAUUCUGGCUAUUACUACCAAGGAGAGUGGCGAGCACUAGGCGGAACCACAGUUCGCCAAUUCAACACCUCCUCUGCCAUCAGUCAGUGUCUGAAAGGCAAGGCGGUCCACCUGUACGGGGACUCCACCAUCAGGCAGUGGUUUGAACACCUCAACGAAGCGCUACCAGAUCUCAAAGAGUUCAAACUACACAACCUGAAGCAAACUGGACCUUUCAUGGCCUUUAACUAUGCAAAAAACAUCAUGGUGACGUACCGCUGCCAUGGUCCUCCUAUACGUUUUGGCACUGUUCCAACCAGCCAGCUGCGUUACAUCGCCAAUGAACUAGAUGGCUUAACAGGAGGCAGCAACACCAUCGUAGUUCUUGGCAUCUGGUCUCACUUUAGCACUUUCCCCAUCGAGGUGUACAUCCGGAGGAUGCAGAGCAUCCGCAGGGCAGUGCUGCGGCUGUUGGACAGGGCUCCAGAAACGCUGGUCAUCAUCCGGACUGCAAACCCGAAAGCAUUGACACUUUAUGAGACGCUGACCAACAGCGACUGGUACUCGCUGCAGCAUGACAAGGUGCUCAGGGCUGUGUUCAAAGGAUUGAAUGUUCGUCUGGUGGAUGCUUGGGAGAUGGGCCUGGCCCACCACCUGCCGCACAGCCUCCACCCACAACCUCCCAUUAUAAAGAAUAUGAUUGAUGUUCUCUUGUCCUACGUAUGUCCUCAAAAUGAUGGAUAGAUGUGUUUGUUGGGAAGGAAGAUUCAAAUGUACACUUGAUCAUCAGUCUGCUGGCCUUGGCCAAGUAAGGUGCCGGAGGUCUCCAGGUGCGCCAGUGAAGGCCAGAGGCCAAACCGAUGUUGUCACCAGCAGGAUGCCGGUCACCAUUCAGACUGGCAGAACCAAGAUGACGAAACAAAGAAUUUCCCAAUAAACAAAAGUACUUAGUAUUGUCAGUUCAGCUAAGGUGUGUUCAUCAAUAAACUUUCAACUUGUUAUUUUA